AUGAUCGUGUUGGAGGCUCGUGGAGAGCACACCGAAGUCGUCGGCAGGCUGCUACACAAGUGGUUGGAAGCGUAUCACGCGUUGUGGUGCGUCUUCUUGCCUGACGUAUUGGAGCUCAGCUGCAAGCCGACAGCCAAGUACUGGAAAGGAUCCAAGGCCGAGUGCAGACGGACGGUCGACCGUGCGAGCUCUGUGUGUCGAGGGUUCUGGGCGUUCGUGUCGUUGCUGGCUUAUGCCCUCUUCUACACGGUCGUGUUCGUGUACGACUUCGUGGAGCGAGUGUGCCAAGGAACGGUGGGCGUCGCAGUGCUCCUGCUGACGCUGAACUACAUAUUGGCUGAUGGAGGUCUGGUCGUCGGCGACGGACUCGUGCCCGACGAGACGGUAAUGCGGUGGAGUAGCUAUGUGGUGGCGACCUGCGUGGCCAGCCACUUGCUGAAAUGGUAUGAGGCGACUUCGGGUGGGCGUUCGCCCUUGAAGAUGGCCGAGGACCGCUACUCGCAAUGGUAG